AUGAGAUUCUUUGUCUCAGCUCUCUUCUUUCUUGUCAUCUUUUCAUAUGCAGCUGCAUUUGAUCCCUUGGAUCCAAAUGGAAACAUAACAAUAAAAUGGGAUAUCAUGUCUUGGACACCAGAUGGCUAUGUGGCAGUUGUGACUCUGAACAACUUUCAAAUGUAUCGGCACAUCAUGAGCUCGGGGUGGACUUUAGGAUGGACAUGGGCUAGAAGAGAAGUGAUAUGGUCUGCGGUGGGCGCUCAAGCCACGGAGCAAGGUGACUGCUCUAGGUUCAAAGGGAACAUACCUCAUUGCUGCAAGAGAAACCCCACAUUUGUGGACUUGCUUCCUGGUGUUCCUUACAACCAGCAAUUCACAAAUUGUUGCAAAGGUGGAGUGCUAGGUGCAUGGGGGCAAGACCCCUCAGCUGCUGUCUCCGCCUUCCAGCUCAGUGUUGGAUCAGCUGGUACUUCAAACAGGACAGUGAGGCUUCCCAGGAACUUCACUUUGCUAGGCCCAGGACCAGGAUACACCUGUGGCAGGGCAAGAGUUGUGCCUCCCACAAUUUUCUUGACACCUGAUCGACGCCGAAAGACUCAGGCGUUGAUGACCUGGAAUGUGACCUGCACUUACUCACAAAUUCUGGCCAGAAAAUACCCAAGCUGUUGUGUAUCUCUCUCAUCUUUCUACAAUGACACAGUUGUUCCUUGUCCACCUUGUACUUGUGGUUGCCAAACCAAGGACAAUUGUGUCAAAAGUGACUCCAAAAUUCUGAGCAUGGUGGGAGUUAACACUCCGAAGAAAGACAAUAAGCCGCUGCUGCAGUGCACAAGGCACAUGUGCCCUGUUAGAGUGCACUGGCAUGUGCAGCGUAACUAUAAGGAUUAUUGGCGUGUGAAGGUUUCGAUCACAAACUUCAACUAUCGGAUGAACUACACGCUUUGGACUCUGGUUGUUCAGCAUCCUAAUCUCAACAAUGUCACACAAGUGUUCAGCUUUGAUUACAAGCCUCUUGUUCCUUACGAGUCUAUAAAUGACACUGGUAUGUUCUAUGGCUUGAAAUUCUUCAACGACCAAUUAAUGGAAGCCGGGCCUUUUGGGAACGUUCAGUCGGAGAUGCUGCUUCGAAAGCACAAGAACACAUUCACUUUGAAGGAAGGGUGGGCAUUUCCUCGCAAAGUCUACUUCAAUGGUGACGAGUGCCAGUUACCCCCUCCUGAUGCCUACCCCUUUCUGCCCAACUCUGCCUAUCAAAAUCUACUUUCCUUCUCAACAUUCAUUUCAUCAUUCAUUUUCUUCUUGAUAGCCAUUUGGUGA